UGUACGGAGGACUUUUAUUUACAUUCCCAGGAUCAACAUGUGCAUUCAAUAAAGUUUUUUGAAGAAAAAAAAUCCUUUGAAAGGGGAAUUCUGGGUACUGUAGUUUUAUGUCAUUUUUUACACCCUCGUGAGAAGGCGGCAUUUCCUCUGCAAGUCUCUCUGAAGCCAGGCAGUGAGUUAUGGUGCUGUGCACACUGUAAGCAGCUGCGGCCUCGUACUAGAGCUUGUGGCACGAUUACACUGCGGGCAGACAUGCAGGUCGGCUGCCUCUCCUUCCGUCAGCCUUACGCUGGCCUGCUGUUAAAUGGGUUCAAGACCGUGGAGACACGCUGGCGGCCUCUGCUGGCUGAGUACAGGAACAGCACCCUGGCUGUACACAUUGCUGUCAGGGACUGGGAGCAGCAGGACUGGAUGGACGUUCUGCAGAACAGGCUGGGGAUGGGGGAGGGGCAGCUGCAGCAGCUUCUAGAUCAGGGGGAGCAGUUCGGCAGAGGAGUCAUUGCAGGACUUAUUGACAUUGGUGACACCUGGCAGCAUAGUGAUGAUGCCCCCAUUGAAGAUACCAUUGAACUGGAGAAUAAAGCCUUGUUAACAGGUCUGCCAGGCAAAUAUCUCACAACUAUUUCCAAUGCCAGAUGGUUAUUGAAACCGAUUCCUGCAAGAGGCGGAAAAGACAUUUGGCAAGUGACAAUACCAGAUGAAUUCGUUCCCUCCUGAAUUUACAGUAUGGCAAAAAAUGUGGAUACAAUAAGCACACGGAGGGUGGAUUCACAUUUGUAGAAAUUCAUGUGCUUGACACCAAAACAACCCAGAUGAAUGCAACUGAUUUGUGAUAUCUAGAAGUCAAUGGGCCAGAAAUAUCAAUGCUGUUUAAGGAUGGAGACAGACACAGUGUUUUUUCCUACAUGACAUUUUAGUUUUUGCAGUUUUUUUUUAUUUUAAUUAUUUUUAAACUCCUGUACAUGUACACCAUUGGUCGUUAAGUACCAGGGCUCGAGGGCGUACCUGUACACCCUUGGUCUUGGACUGGUUGGAAAAGGAAAGAAGAAAUCUGGUUGCUAUGGACAACUGGUCAACUCUUCCUCCUCACAGGAUUUGAUAAAUCUCCCCCAUUGGGUUUAUUUUUUGUCGCAGUUUAGCGGUUGCUCUUUUGUUGUAGACAUUUUCCAAAAUUCAUCAGUAGUAUAACACUUAAUAGUAAUUUGUCAUUUGUGCCUUUUUGCGUUUAGGUGUAAAAAAUGCACAAAUUGGUGCAAUUAAGCAUAAAUCUACACCAUCAUUGGGCUGGCUUAAAAGAGGAAUUUCAACAACAUACAUGCAUGCAUGACACCUGUGGAUGUGCACCUUAUUUAUCAUACUGUGUGCACCAUUUUGACAAAGCGCAAGUACGCAAAAAAAAAAAAAAAGAAAAUAACAUCAACAUGAGACCAAAAUAACACCAACAUUGACAAAAUCCCCCCUUGGGGAGUACCAGGUUGGCAGGGUCUGCUGGGUACCUGUAGAGCAUUGAUCACACAUUUACAUGUCACACUAUUGAUAAAAUUCCACAACAGAAUCCAAUGUGCGUACUUGCCCUAAUAUGGUCUUCAAAAAUGCUCCAAAAUAUUAAAGGCAACCUGUCAUCAAUGUAAUGCUGCAUGAAUCAUGAGCAUACCCCCCAACUUUUGCUAAGAGCAAAGGAAGACAAGCCACACCCCAGUCACACCCAUAAGCACACCCUAACCACGCCUGCACAUGUGGAACGGGAAUACCUUUUAAUAGCAAUACUGUCAGUCUGUCACCUAAGUUUAGAAGUACCUCCUAUACACAGACUGACAACAACCACCAUCAUUACCAUAACAGACCAUAUAGUUGAUUACAGUGCAGUUACAUCUGGUGACUCACAGAUGACGUCUUUUCUGAUAAGAGUUGUUAACUUUUUCUUCUCCAUCCAGCCCAGACCGUCAUGACCACUUCUUCCCGCUGCAAAUGUUGUGCACUUUUCCAAAACCUACAGUGCCCCAAACAGUAAAAAUGCCCUACAGGAGUACUUUAGUACCUUGUAAGGGGCCUCUGACUAUAAGCAUUGCAUAAGGUGCAGUAACACAAUUAGAAUGCAUGUACUGCUAUAGUACAGACUUUGGCUAUCAGGGCAUGCUGGGAGUUGUAGUACUGGACCAACUCCAGAGCCACAGGUUGCAGAUCACUGCUCUAUAGCAGUACUACCAGUAACACAUAAAUAAACUUUGUGCAGGUACUGCUAUAGUGAUCUGAAACCUAUAAUACUGUCCCGUUGUACAAAACUUCUUACAAUAUUAUCCUUUUUAUUUUUAGAUUUUACAGCACCCUCUAGUUCAGCCCCACCUACCCUGCUUCAUCAACCAUCACCAUCAUGGCAGGUCCUUCAGCCCCAUCACCGCCAGCCCCACCUACUUUAUGGCACCAUCCACAGUCCUUCAGCCACAAUUUUAUCACAGCUCAGCCUCAUUUGGACCUCUCUCCAGGGCGGUGUAGGAUUCAAUACUUAUACGGUCUCCUGCUUCUGCCUCUGCACAUCCAUCUGGCCCCACUAUUACUGCAAGCCUCACCCCCAAAAAAUGUUGGCACAUUUUUUAUUUUUUUCUGCACAACCCUUGGCAGAUUCUCCCUGUCCCACCAAUUUGAUUGGAGACUAUUGAUAAAGUCUGGUGGGGCGGGGAGACAGCACUGUAAUGACUUAUUAUUCAGACAGCAUUAAAGUGAUGAUGUGUCCCCCUUUAAAUAUAUGUUUUGAGCAUCUUGAAGUUUUAUGACUCAUUCAAUGUGGUUGAAAACAAUGUAGUUUUGUGCUGUUGUUUUUCAUACAAGCAGAUUUAGGAUAAUUUUGUUAGGCAUGAUAAGGCUGCAUUCACACGGCCGUCUAGACCGUCUCGUUCUUCUCCCGUCAAAAAUAAAAACUUACUUUAAAAAAAUAAACUGACAAUAAUGGAUGCAAACGGAUGUUAUCCGUUUGGAUCCGUUAUUGUUCAGUUAAACCAAAUUUUUUUUUCUCUUUUUGUUCUGAGCAUCCUAAGAAGUAAAAACGGAUCAAAAAAACGAUUGAAAAAACUGAUGCAAACGGAUGACAUUAACCCCUUUAACGACAAUGGACGUAAAUGUACGUCAUGGUGACGUGCUACUUAGUGCACCAUGACUUACAUUUACGCGCCAACAUGAUAGCGAGCACCGGAGCGGUGCUCGCGUCAUGCCCGGCAGGUCCCGGCUGAUAUCAGCAGCCAGUGAUCCGCCGGUAAUGGCGGACAUCCGCGAUUGAGCGGAUGUCCGCCAUUAACCCCUCCGAUGCCGUGAUCAAUACAGAUCAUGGCAUCUGCGGCAGUGCGGUAGUUUGAAUGGAUGAGCGGAUCACCCGCAGCGCUGCCGCGGGGAUCCGAUCAUCCAGCAUGGCGGCCGGAGGUCCCCUCACCUUGCUCCAGCCGUCUCCCGGGGUCUUCUGCUCUGGUCUGAGAUCGAGCAGACCAGAGCAGAAGAUCACCGAUAAUACUGAGCAGUGCUGUGUCCUAUACAUAGCACUGAACAGUAUUAGCAAUCAACUGAUAGUCCCCUAUGGGGACAUAAAAAGUGUAAAAAAUUAAAGUAAAGAAAUGUCAAAUAAAGUAAAAAAAAAAGUGAAAAAUCCCCUCCCCCAAUAAAAAGUAAAACGUCAGUUUUUCCCCAUUUUACCCCCAAAAAAGCGUAAAAAAAAUAAUUAAUACACAUAUUUGGUAUCGCCGCGUGCGUAAAAGUAUGAACUAUUAAAAUAUAUUGUUCAUUAUCCCGUAUGGUGAACGGCGUAAACGUAAAAAAAUAAAAAAUAAAAGUCCAAAAUUGCUGCUUUUUUGUCACAUUUUAUUCCCAAAAAAAUUUAUAAAAAAUUAAUAAAAAGUAAAACCUAAGCAAAAGUGGUACUGAUAAAAACUACAGAUCAUGGUGCAAAAAAUGAGCCCUCAUAUCGCCCCAUAUAGGGGAAAAAUGAGAAAGUUAUAGGUGGUCAAAAUAGGGCAAUUUCAAACAUACUAAUUUUGUUAAAAUGGUUUGAGAUUUUUUUUAAGUGGUACAAUUAUAGAAAAGCAUAUAACAUGGGUAUCAUUUUAAUCAUAUUGACCCACAGAAUAAAGAAAAAAUGUCAUUUUUACUGGAAAGUGUACAGCGUGAAAACAAAACCUUCCAAAAUUUACUAAAUUGCAGUUUUCUUUUCAAUUUUCCCACAUAAAUAAUAUUUGUUGGGUUGUGCCGUACAUUUUAUGGUAAAAUAAAUGAUGUCAUUACAAAGUACAAUUGGUGACGCAAAAAACAAGCCCUCAUACUAGUCUGUGGAUGGAAAUAUAAAAGAGUUAUGAUUUUUAGAAGGCGAGGAGGAAAAAACGAAAAUGCA